AUGGAUCUCGCAGAGACGCAACGUCUCCUCUCAGAGUACCUACACGAACUUACGACCCUUUUCCAUCAAAUACCCGGCUCAGCUAUUUUCCUGCGCUACGUCAAAUCAAGCUACCAAGAUGAUCCAAUUAGGUCCGCGGUAGAGUUGUUCCUCUUUCUGUUCGCUGUGCGUUAUCUGUUGGCCCCAAAGUAUUCGACCAAGCCCGGUGUGGUGUCACUCUCGGAGGAUGAGAUCGACGACCUGGUGGACGAGUGGACUCCUGAGCCACUGGUUGGAGAGCCAACACCUCUGGAGGAGAUGGAGGUUGCCAGGCGCACUGUGAUUGUGGGUCCUGUCGGUCCCAAGUCCAAGCUCGCCAAUGGUCGCACCGUUACCAAUCUCAGCUCAUACAACUUCUACAACUUUAAUACCAACGAGACCCUUAAGGAGAAGGCGAUUCUGACUCUUCGGAACUAUGGUGUUGGCCCCUGUGGUCCUCGUGGAUUUUACGGCACCCAAGAUGUGCACCUGAAGACCGAGGCCGAUAUUGCAUCUUUCCUUGGCACUGCGGCCUGCAUCAUGUACUCUCAGGCGUUUUCGACUAUUUCCAGUGUUAUUCCUGCGUUUUCGAAGCGUGGUGACAUUAUCGUGGCGGACAAGGGUGUCAGCUUUGCUAUCCGGAAGGGUAUCCAGAUCUCGCGGAGCAUUGUCCGGUGGUACGAACACAAUGAUAUGGAGGACUUGGAGCGGGUUCUCGCCAAGGUGACGAAGGAGCAGGCCCGGAAACCGCUGACUCGGCGGUUCAUUAUCACCGAGGGCAUGUUCGAGUCUUAUGGUGACAUCGUGAACCUUCCCAAGAUUAUUGAGUUGAGGCUCAAGUACAAGUUCCGUCUUAUUUUGGAUGAGACAUGGUCUUUUGGAGUCCUCGGUCGUACUGGUCGCGGUGUUACUGAGCACCAGAACGUUGACGCUGCAGAGGUUGACAUGAUCGUGGGAUCGCUUGCGGGUUGUCUCGUGGGAGGUGGAGGCUUCUGUGCUGGAUCAGAGGAGAUCGUCCACCACCAGCGUAUUUCCGCUUCGGCGUACACUUUCUCUGCAGCGCUCCCGGCUCUUCUCUCUACCACUGCCAGUGAGACUAUUAAUCUGCUCCAGAACAGCCCCGAGACAGUAUCGCAGCUUCGCGAGCUCACAAAAGCAAUGCGGGCUCAACUUGACCCCCGUAGUGACUGGGUCUACUGUUCUAGUUCCGUUGAGAACCCUGUCCUCAUUUUGGUCAUCAAGCCUGAGGUUGUCGCUUCCAAGAAGCUUUCUUACAACGAUCAGCAGUUCCUGCUCCAAGAUGCCGUCGAUGAGUGCCUCGCCAACGGUGUCCUGAUUACCCGUCUCAAGACUCUCGAGGAUAACUUUGAGCCCAAGCAAAUCGUUCCCGCUGCGCUCAAGGUUUGCGUCACAACCGGCCUCACCAAGAAGGAGAUUGAGAAGGCUGGUACUAUCAUCCGGCACGCCAUCACAAAGGUGAUGAGCAAGAAGAAGUAG